GAGGGUUAGAGAUCACACACGACACCCUGUAUAUUCCGUCCAGAGCUUACACCACACUCGAGAGUGUACACGAAAGUCCAUAUAUACCUUUGUAAGAAACAAUGUGGCCCCGUUUAACACGAACUUUAGAUCACAUGCACACCUCAAGGCGAUGACGAGGGGGAUGCCACAGCUACACGCACGGCGUAUGCACACGACUAUGGAGAAGAGUCUAGGUCGGCUAGGACCCGCAGUUGUAUCGACAUAUCUCAAGGACAAGCACAUCGACUACUUAGAACGUCACACCUCAGUCACAGUAGACAUAUGCCCCUACUGCACCUCCCAAGAGCUGUCCAACACACCCCAUUCUCUGUAUAUAAACAAGAGCUACGGCAGCUAUGAGUGCAAACGCUGCCACCAUAUAGGCAGCUGGCACCAGAUCAAAAAGCUCAGCACACGCCAGCACCGCAACAAGAUUAAGGGCCGCAAGGAACUGGCUAUACCCAAGACCAGGCGUCCCGUUAUUGCGGAUCAGCAUAUAGCGGUGGAGUACAGUGACGUCAACGUGAAGGAGACCAAGCAACGGCUGGCAGCUAUGUACAGAGACGUGCCUGACACGAUACCUGUCACCACGGAGACCCCCAACCCAGCAGCCAAGAAUGCACCAGGCUCAGCUAAACAGGCCACGAAGACCAUUCAUGGCAAAGGGACACCCCCACCGCCUCCAUUCGUCGCUCCGGUGAAAAGCAAACCUAAUAAACCCAAGAUAGCUCGAGGGUACAUGGUGCUCGAUAGAGCCCUGAGAGACCGAGAGAGUGCCAUCUCACUGCACACGCUGCAACAGUUUGGGGUGAAGCUGUUGGUGGCGUCUACACAGGAUCAAAGCUCUCCCUACAGCUCUCUGGUAAAGCCUGCAGACGAAUCCCCGGUCCAAUCUCGAUCCCCUAACUCCGCCAUCGGCCCUGACGAGUACGUCAUAGGGCUGUCCUUUCCCUACUACGAUCUGGACAUGAGUGCGAAUGCAGACGCCACACACAAACACACACACAUCCCUGCACCAAUCGCCUCUGCCGCGCGAGGCAAGGCCCAUGAAAGGCUCAUUCUACAGCGCAUAAACACCCCCGUCACGGCCACGGCCUGUCAGUGGAAGGAGGUGGUGAGCGACAAGGUCAAUCUAGUACCCGCAAUCCCGGCACGCAGAGGCUUGUUUGGGUUCAAUUUGGUCCUAAAAGAGCAACGCGACUACGAGCGCGCCUUGUUUUUGGGGCUGGACGUGUCCAAAUUCGAGGGCAAACACCAAGACGGGUUGGGCCCUGCGGUCGGGGACCUGGACAGUGGGGGCGUCGCAAAGACUGCGGUGGAGUUUGAUACAGAAAAUGAUACGGAAAGCGAUGUAGAAGGUGAUGGGGUUGUGCACUCGACACCUUCCUUUGACUUGAAUCCCCAGACGGUAGUGGUCACGGCGGAUGAAUGGUCCGCCAUGGCGGUGUACCAGGCUACAG